AAAACGUUCUUUGGGGAAAGGUUGGGGUUAGCUCGGGGAGCCACACAUCCUGGUCUCCUCGGCAUGCUUCGUUACUGUCGAUUUGCUCUCUGGGUUGUACGCAUCUUGCUGGCUCCCUCACAAGCGGAUGGCCCUCGCACAUCAUAAUACCGGCCGACUGGUUGCUCUUCCCAACCCGAAGAAGCCUAGAGCUAGAGCUACCCUUCCAUCUUGCGUCUAGUUCCCCCCUUGUGAUGUGUGGACUGCCGCCUGCCCGCAGCUCAAUUAUGACAUGACUGUUUCACUUGAGCUUUUCCUCCAUCCCGACUGAGCCGCUGUCGUUUCCGCCUUUUGCCCUCCAGACCACAGAACAGACCUUCUUAAAGCCGGCUAUUGACCCUUGUUCCACCGCGGCUGUUGCAUCUUGCACUGCAACUUCCAAUCGCCAGACGAACGGCAUCCCAUCCUGCCCCUCACUUGCUGCGAAUCAAACCCGCAGUUGUGAAUCACGCAGAUACCUUCCUCGUCCGAGACCCAGCUUCGUAGACGCGCGCAUCACGCCCCUACAGCGACAAGGUUCCCUCCUUCUCGCAUUCACCGCGCACCGCAGCUCUUGCUUUAAAUAUUCCGCCGGCAACUUUCAGAAGGCACAAUCGAAGAACAGAGUGCCCCGCCAUUGAUCCGCAAUAAUAGUCAAUCGUCAUCAUAAAUGCGAUGGAACCGUUCGCUCUCCAUCAGAUCGAACCACCGCCGUAACGGCUCGCAAAACGCCUCUACAAAGCGCACCGGGUUUUCCUUCAAUUCUCUCCGCGGCAACGUCCAGCCCGAGCUCUCGCGCAAGCUCUACCGCAUCAUCAAGAGCGAGAACAACCUCAUCACCGCUCACGAGACGGCCGGUCGCGAGCGCAUCUCCAUCGCCACCCAGUUGUCCGAGUGGGGCGAGCAGACCAACGACGCCGCCGUCUCUGACGUUUCGGACAAGGUCGGUGUAAUCCUGAGCGAGCUCGGCGAGCAGGAGGAUCAGUAUGCACACUCCCUUGACGAUGCUCGCGGUGUGCUGAAACACAUCCGCAAUACGGAGAAGAGCGUGCAGCCCAGCCGCGACGGCAAGGACAAGAUUGCCGACGAAAUUGCCAGGUUGAAGAUGAAGGAACCUCAGAGCGCCAGGCUUGUUGUGCUCGAGCAGGAGCUUGUUCGGGCUGAGGCGGAGAACCUGGUGGCCGAAGCUCAACUGACGAAUAUCACUCGACAGAAGCUCAAGGAGGCUUACGAGGCCGAGUUUGCUGCUACCAUCGAGCGGGCCGAAAAGCAGAUUAUCCUCGCCAAGCAUGGCCGACGACUCCUGCAACUCCUUGAUGACUCUCCCGUCGUCCCAGGCGAUAUGCGUCCGGCUUAUCACCAUGCCCAACAGGCCCGGCAGAUUCUCAACGACGCAGAGGACGACCUGCGCGACUGGCGCCCAGAACAGGAUGAAUACAUCGUUGACACAUCCGACUCUGUUUCUAACACUAAGGGAAAGCAGAAUUUGGUACGCGACGACGACGCUGACAUCAUUGCGGGUUCAGUGCCUGGGAACAGAACGGUUCAGGAGAAUGAUGAUGUUAGCGUUGUAAGCAACGGAACGAGACAGAGCGAGGCGGUGGCGACUUAUUAGACUGAAAAAGGAGGUGUUUAUGCACAUGCUGUUCAGUUGGUCUCGGGGAUAUCGAAAGUGAUGGUUGGACUUGAAGACACCCUUCUCAUGCUUAUGUGUAAUAUCAUUCCUAAGGCCUCGUUUUUUAUGAAUUUCAUGACAAUACCACAGCUUAGCAAUUCGUUUUACUUAACCCACUCAUUAAAGACCAAUUCAAACC